CACCGGAUAGAGAGCGAGGGGCUGGGGUUAGAAAUAGAGGAAGGUGUUGCACUGAGUGUGGAGUGAAGCAGACUGAUUGAAAAUUAACCAGAAACGAUAAGAAACCUGGGAUUUUAAAUAUUAUAUUUUGUGUACUUUUGAACCCUGAACAGGGACUGUUUUUUGUCUUAACGUAGGGGCAAGGUGAAAACGCUUCACAUUUCGCACUAUACCAUUAGCGAGAGACUGCGUUGGUGGUUAUUUGUGUAAAUAUUAUAUUUAACGAUGGGAAUAAAAUCGGGAAUUCUUCAGUUAUGCGGAUAUUUGCAAGACCCUUACAAAGUGGCCAAGUUUCAAGAGCUCUGCGGAGUGAAAGCGUCGUUUAAUUGGAAAGGAGAGAAGGUGAAGGAAAAGGAGCCUGGGCUGGGCGUCCACAGUGGAAAUUGCAAUAAUCACUCUAUUAAUAAAAACGAGAAGGGGGGAGAAGAGAAUAAAGAUCAAUCCAAUUGCCCCAGGCAAAGAAAAACCGCCACGUCGGGGAAUAAUGUGAAACAAGGAGGCUGUAAAAACGGCCUCGUCGCCGGGACAAUUGUGGCUGGAGCCGGUGAUUUUAACAAGCAAGAUGAAAGCGGCUGUGGCAGUACUAUGCAGAGCUCUGACGGUUUCGAGAAUGACAAUAUAUCCUACUCCGGAACAAGUACGACUACUAGUGCUACUAGCUGUUGUAGCUUUGAUGAUAACAUUACAAGCUGUGAUAUACGAGCCGAGAAGAGAAAAAAACCCCUCCGCAAGAAUUCGUUAACCGGAGAGGCCGGACAGGAAUUCGUCAUUGGAAAUAGGGCUCUGUACUACAUGUUCACCUUCGGGACCGAACUUGGUAACGAGCUCUUUUACAUCACCUUUUUCCCUUUCUUCAUCUGGAACAUCGACGCUUACGUGAGCAGGAGGCUGAUUGUCAUUUGGGUCUGGGUCAUGUACCUGGGACAGUGUACCAAAGACGUCAUCAGGUGGUCGAGGCCCGCCUCGCCCCCGGUUGUCAAAGUGGAGAUGCUCUAUAACUCGGAGUACAGCAUGCCAUCCACUCACGCCAUGUCCGGCACUGCUAUCCCAUUCUCGCUCUUCCUGCUAACCUAUGGAAGAUGGGAGUACCCCUUCAUGUUCGGACUGCUUCUUGCUUUGUGCUGGUGUUCUCUGGUUUGUACAAGCCGCAUCUACAUGGGAAUGCACUCCAUUCUGGAUGUCAUUGCUGGAUUCCUGUACAGCAUGCUCAUAUUAGUAGUCUUCCAACCAGCACUGGAAAUCAUAGACAACUUCAACCUGACCUGUGCUUACGCUCCCCUCAUUAUCAUCAGCCUGCACCUGGCCAUGGGGCUCUUUUCCUUCACCUUGGACACAUGGAGCACAUCACGGGGAGACACUGCAGAGAUCCUGGGCACAGGAGCUGGCGUUGCCUGCGCCUCCCACCUCAACUACGCGCUGGGACUGAUGCCGGACCCUCCCCUGAUGCUGCUGCCGUUCUCCCCCCCGGCCCUCACUGCCGGACUGGUGGGGAAGUCAGUCCUGCGUUUCUUGCUGGGCAUCCUCAUCCUGCUCAUCAUCAGGGCUGUCAUGAAGGCACUGACCAUCCCCCUGGCAUGCAAAAUCUUCUGCAUCCCCUGCCAGGAUGUCCGGAAGGCCCGCCAGCGCAUGGAGGUGGAGCUGCCGUACCGCUACAUCACCUACGGCACAGUGGGCUUCAGCGCCCUCUUUCUGGUUCCUUGCAUCUUCAGCUACCUACAUUUGUCUUGAUACUGAUCAAAGCCACUUCUCCCCCUCCUCUAACCUGCUUACCCCCUCUACCACGCCCAAGAACAGGUUCCCCGAAUAACUGAAACCACUAGCACUAAGACCUGCUUGUUUAAUGUUCAAGUUGCUUUUUGUUUUGCUUUUAUUUUUGUUUUGUAAUAAGUUUUUCACCCUAGAGAACAUUUGUUUGGUUGAACUUACUUUUGUUGCUGGAAACCUGUGUGUUGAAACCAGUUAUCAGAAAUAACUCCACACCUUCAGAUGCUGUCAGCUGACUCAUUUGUGCCUUUAGUUAGCAACGCAAGCAACUUAACAGCAUUUUCCCAGGAUUGUAAGUCCUACGUUAUAAGGAUUUUGGUUCUCAAAGAACGAGCAAGAUGGAGUGCUGUGCAUUUUACGAAAGAGGAUGGUACGAAACAUGUAACCAUAUAAUGGUUAACACACAUGCCCAAAUGUUACUGCUACAAAAUCUUAUGAAAAAAAAAAACUUUUUUGCAAAAUGUUUAGCAUGUUAUCAAAGAUAACAGGAAGCCGUUGAAACGAAAUAUGACUUGUGUAGGUAGCAUCUAAUAAAGAAUUAUUAGAUAUUCUUGUCUAAGAACUAAGUAUGGAAAACUUGAGAGAGAGACUGGUAAUCUACCCUGUGAAUCAAACAUCUGUUGUACUGUUUUAACAAUCAAACCCACUGAAUACACCGUUUCAUUAUUUAUGGUCCAAAGCAGACUCAUUUUAAUUUCAAAUAAACGUAUUCAGUAUUUAACUGACCUAUAUGAAUUAUAAUUGGCUGAAAGACAGCUGUUUAAUAAAGACGGUCAAUCUUUGCAUUUUCAACGGCCCUUUAUUUUUUUCCUAAUAUCACUCAUUUUCUCAAAUCAUGUUCAUGUCCAAUAGUCACAGUGGACACUCUUUGAAAAGGAAAGUACAUUCAGCUUAUUGGAAAAAUCUGAACUCUUUCUGGAAAAGAGAUGAAAACGCAUUUGAAAAAAAACGCAAAAACAGCGUCAAGUAACAGAUUUUCACAAAGUACGUGAGAGAGGGAGAAUUGCAAAUACAGAAACUUGCCAAAGCAUUUUGUUUUGUUGUGGACUUUCUUUAGUAAUAAACAAAGCUGUUCAGUGUGUCUAGAAGGAAGGCAGGUCCCUAACACUGAAAGAUGCACCUCCAGCUUUCCUGCUUACCCAUCACUGAUCAUAACAUUGGUAUCCGGGCCAGGCAUUCGACAGUUUCCUGUCUGUACAGAGCAUGGCCCAGGCUACAGACAGUGGCAUCCUGUGAUUAGCACGCAGUGUAGUGAGAGAUGUGUAGAACCUCUCCGGGUUGGAAAAACAGCGCUGUCAUGUCGGAAUCCAGAACAGAGGUCUAUAAUCUAUCUAUUCCAUCUAAAGAAAGGCUAGCCCAGGGCCCUUUCCUGUACAUUUGCAUGUUUUCACUUUGUGUCCACAAUUGUCAACCUAGUCCUACAAAACAAAAAGGUUAAAAUAUUGAGAAUAAUUGACUGGAUAGUAAAAUCCCCCCCACCCCCCCUCACUUGGUAACAGAUGGCGAUGAAGAGCUUGUUGUCAAAGUCUUAUUGUUUUCAAUAAAGUAGUUCUGGUCUCUUUCCCAAAUGACCAUCAGAUUCGCUGCUUUGAUACGGUACAUGGCUAUGUUCUGAUUAGAAUAAAAAUGAUAUUGUUUAUAAUAUGUAUGAAAUACAAAGGCACUGUUAUUUGUACUAAGAAUGUAUUUCUGAGAUCAGAAUGAAAAAUGUUAACCACUAAUUCCAUGACUUCAUGUAUUUAUAUUCCACAUUUUCUCCACUGUAAAGCUCGUAUGUGCAUGUGCUGUGCCCUUUCCCCAGGUGACUGUCUGCUGAUCCUAUAGCCUAACUGAGAAAAACUGUUUUACCAAACAAGUAAAGAUACAAUAGGUUUUUAACUGUUUGUAUAUCUCCAGUUGUGUAUGUUUGUUCCAGUAAUCCAGAUGUCAGUAAGAUAUACCAACUUAAUUGUGCUGAAAUUGUAACUAGUACUGUCAAAAUGAGCGUGUGUAAUCUGUGUCUUGGAUCAGCCACACUUGAGGCAGUUCAAUAGCAUGUGAUACAAGCGGUAACCUGAAGAUUGAGCACUCUUGCACUCAAACAUCACCAGCAGUAGAGAAUCCUGCAAAAAUAUGUCCUGGUAUUUCAAAUAGCUGAAGGCUUUCUGUUCCUAAUAUUUGGAAGAAUUAGCACCUUAUUAAUAAGCCUACUUCAGAUGCUUAACAUAUCACCAGAAAGAUAUAAAGCUGUCUAACAGUACAAUGCUGUGGUACUAUAUGUCCCUAUUGCCAGAGCAAGCAUGCAACAAUAUUCAUAAAAGUAAUUGCGCUUUUUUCAACAACAAAAAAUAUAGCAAUAUCCGAACAUAUGAGUUCCCAUUGAGACCACAGAGUUGUACCCGGUCCCAUAGCACAUUAGUGAUAGCAACAGUAGUACGAUAUAGACCCAGAAUAUCAAGUGGGUACAAGUACGGUUAUGAAAUUAAACUCAUUAUCUCGAUCAUGGCUGGGCUUAAAAUUACAUUUAUAGCCAUAGCAGUGUUCUUUACUUCCUUUGCGUAGUGGAGAUAUGUCUUAAUUUUUGGUCUACAGUAUUUGGUAGAAAUGUUAGUGUUUCUGUGACUUAAACUCCCAUGAGGUUGAAGGUGCUGUGAAACUUUGGUAUUAUGAUUUUAUUCGUUUUUGGAAGAUUCUUUGUUGGUUUUCUAGUUUUUGCCUCGUUGUACAUAACAUUCCCAGUUAAUAUGUGCAUUGACUGGCUUCUUAAAUACAGAAAUUGGGUCCAAAUGGAUCAAAUAAUAAGCACUGCUUUUUGAAAUAAUAUGUUGACCAAAUAGAGGGAAUCAAGCCCAUAGUUUUAAGAAGGUUAGGUCAGCUCUGUUCUUAUAGAAAUCCUAGUGCCUUUACUGUGAGAUGGUUCUUGUUUGUGUAGAAGCAUUGCAACCUGGUGUAUAUUUGCCAAUGCUUGUGAGAGUGGGCUCCAUUACAGCUAUGUGAUUAUCUGUAGAAUGUGUUGAAUAACAAAACGUAAAAAUGUAUGGGGUGUUAUGAAUAACAUUAUUAUUUUUUGUUUCAAACCAAAUGUCUCUUAUCAUAUCAAAAUCCUAUGUCAUUAAACGGUCCUCUUUUCCACAUUUGUUUCCAAAGCACUAAUAUAAAAAAGUACUAUAUGUUCAUCAUCUUGAUGUAUUUUUUUAUCUGCAUUUUUGUUGUUCAUGUUAGAUAAAAGUAUGUCGUGAAUCAUCAUUAACUUUUAGCCUGCUUAAUAAAAUUUGCACAAAGAGCCCUUCAUAUUUUGGGGACAAACUCUGAAUAUUG